CAUAAUAUGGCAGACAGAUGAUAUAAAAUGAGCUGUCAGUUUUAGGAUAUCGUUAAAAUCCUAGAUUAAUUAGCGUUUAAUUAUGAAUUCGCUUCGAUACGCAUAGAUAUAAUUGAUUCGUUGUUAAAAAAUUAACUAAAGUAAAUUAAAAUGGUCGGUGUCUCCUAUAUACAAACCGAAUAUCCUUUACACUGGUUGGUGUGGAACAACAAUUCGAGCAGUUUAGAAGAGGAACUUGGUAAAAGAAUCCAUGAUAAGGAAAAAAAAGAUAAUAGGGGAAGAUCCCCUUUGAUGUUGGCUGUCACCUUGGGUCAUAUGGAGUCCGUACGUUCCUUAUUGAAUUUUGAAGCCAAUGUAAAUUGUGAGAAUGCUGAUGGGUGGUCUGUUUUACAAGAAGCCGUGGCUACGGGUGACCCGGAACUCCUCCAAUUAAUAUUAGAACGUCGAGACUUCCAACGUUAUUCCAAUCGGAUGGCUGGCAUUCCAGAAUUACUUCAAAAAUUAAAACAAGCUCCCGAUUUUUACGUUGAGAUGAAAUGGGAAUUUACGAGUUGGGUUCCUUUAGUUUCUCGAAUGUGUCCCAGUGAUACAUACAAAGUUUAUAAACGAGGGUCUAAUGUGAGGAUAGACACGACCCUUUUGGGUUUCGAUCAUACUAAUUGGCAAAGAGGGAAUCGUAGUUAUGUUUUUCAAGGGCAUAAUGAUGGUGCUACAAUGUUGGAGAUUGAUCACGAUGCAAGAUCGGUUUAUUCGGAGCAAAUGCGGGCCCCCCCGGAUUCGUUGGUUUUGUCGCCGUCGGAAGAGGCGAUUUCGCAACGAUUAACGACUCCAAUUGUAACAACUUAUAUCGAUACGGAUAAAAUAAGUUUUGAAAGGAAUAAAGCGGGAGUUUGGGGGUGGAGAUCGGAUAAAUCGGAGGUGGUUAAUAGUCACGAAUGUAAAGUAUUUAGUGCUACGAAUGUUGAGUUGGUUACGAAAACUCGUACUGAACAUUUAACUGAAACUGAUAAGGAGCUGGCUCGAUCUAAACAUAUACGGACUCCUUUACAAAAUUUUUUGCAACCGAUUGCAGACGUUCCUGAAACAUCAAGUGCUCCACAAACUGAGGAAAUAGUGAAUUCAACAAAUCCAACAAAUAUAACUCCCGAGGAAUAUUUCGAUUCCGAAAUUGAUUUAGCUGGGAGGGAUAUCGGAAGGCCGAAAGAACUGAGCAAAAAAGUUCAAAAAUUUAAAGCGACUUUAUGGCUGUGCGAGAAUUAUCCGCUAUCAUUACCCGAACAAAUUCUUCCGAUUGUUGAUCUUAUGGCCAUUUCUAGUUCGCAUUUCGCGAAAUUAAGGAAUUUUAUACAAAUGCAACUUCCCGCAGGUUUUCCCGUUAAAAUAGAAAUUCCAAUUUUCCACGUUUUAAACGCUCGUAUCACGUUCGGAAACAUUUUCGGUAUGGAUGUGGAUGUACCAAACGUUUCUCACAUCCAAGAAGAGGAUCGCUUAACUUGUGUUUUAGACGAUGUUGUGUUUCAAGCUCCACCAUCAUACUCAAAACUUACGGGAGUUGAAAGUCGGCGGCAAUUUAGUACUGAAGAAGAAGACGAUUUAUUGCAAUUUGCGAUUCAACAAAGUCUCAUUGAAGCUGGGACCGAAAAAGAAGAGGUGGAUAUUUGGGAGGCGUUGAAAGCGCAAAGGCCUUCAAGGCCAACAACGCCUAAUUUGGCCGAAGAAGAACGACAGCUUCAAAGAGCAAUCCAAGCUAGUUUAGCUAUGUGCAAUCAUACCGCUGUAAGCACAGAUUCAGAUAAUACGAGUCCUGAAGUUGACUCGGAAUUGGAUAUGGUCCUAAGGUUAUCGGAACAAGAACAAAAGCAAUUGGAAGAACAACAAAUGGAGGAGCAAAAAUUGUUGGAGCAAGUGCUGCAGUUAUCAUUGACUGAAAAAUAAAAUUAAAUUACCUUUUUUAAACACAUUAAAACAUUUCACUCAAGUCAUAACUAGUAAAUAUCAUGUUUCAAAAUUGGUAACAAAGUUUGAUAUGUCAAAUAGCUAUUAAUGGCGCCUGGGAGAGAAAGGAAUACGUAGAUGUAGAGUGUGGGGGGAUUUAUUUGGUAAGAAUAAUGUGGUGUAAUUAAAAAAUAACGUUCCCCAUUUACCUAUUAUUAUUAAAAAAAUAUGAUUAAAAUUUUCUUUUAAGGCGUGAAUGUUGUUUAUAUACAGGGUAUGAUAACGGAGUUAAACCAACUUAUUUUUCUUGUUAAAUUUAUUUAAACAAAUCCGCAUUAUUAAUUUAUAAAGUUUUAUUAUGUAUUUAAUGUGAGUUUAUAUGUGUAACCAACACAAUUAAAAAAAAAUAACUAAAAAA